AUGCAUUUGGGAGGCUUCUGGCUGGCUGGCCCCUUGCUGGCCGCCUCUGCUUUGGCUGCCGCUACUCCGGAUACGCAUCAGAACUCGGCUCGCCAGACGACAAAGUAUGCCCCGAAGCAGCCACCGCUGACCACGCCCUGGACCGACCUCGUCGGCACCGAUCCGUGGCCGGAGUAUCCGCGUCCGCAGUUGCAGCGGUCCAAAUGGAAGAACCUGAACGGCAUCUGGCAAUAUCAGGAUGCGGGCAGUCUCAACGCCGUGCAGAACCCACCUUUUGGGCAGGCAUUGGCAAACGAAGUGUUGGUGCCGUCGUGUUUGGAAAGCGGACUUUCCGGUAUACAAGGAAAGGGAAUGUAUUAUUCGUGGUUCCGCACGAACUUCACCGUUCCACGAUCAUGGACGAACCAAAGCGUGCUCCUGAACUUUGGCGCCGUGGAUUAUGAAGCGACAGUCUUCAUCAACGGCAAGCAGGCUGGCUUCCACCGCGGUGGAUACUUCCACUUUGCUGUCGACGCCGCCGAAUAUGUCAAAUUGGGCGCCGACAACGAACUCCUGGUCUUCGUGCACGACCCCACGGACACCGGCGAUGCGGUCAUCCCCAUCGGCAAGCAGAAGAUCGUCCCGUCACACAUCUUCUACACGCCCUGCAGUGGGAUCUGGCAGAGCGUAUGGAUCGAAUCCGCACCGCGGAACCACAUCGCUCGCUUGGACCUCGAUGCCAACAUGGAUGGAGAGGUGACCGUGCACGUCCACAGCAGUUCUGGCACCAGCACGCCGGUGGAGGUCACCGUGUUCGACGGCGAUGACGAAGUGGCCACCCACAAAGGCACGUCCGAGUCGGCUUUCCGCUUCACGGUGCCCGACGUUAGCCUGUGGUCGCCCGACUCGCCCACGCUGUACAACGUGACCGUGCGGAUGGGUGCCGACGAGAUCCAGAGUUACACGGGAUUCCGAACCAUCUCCAAGGGCGAGGUGGAUGGCGUCGUUCGGCCGUUGCUGAAUGGCGAGUUUACGUUCAUGUUCGGCACGCUAGACCAGGGGUACUGGCCUGAUGGGCUGUACACCGCGCCGACGCGGGAGGCGAUGGUCUAUGAUUUGAAGGUGCUCAAGGGGUUGGGUUUUAACAUGUUGCGCAAGCACAUCAAGGUGGAACCUGCUCUGUUCUACCGCGCGUGCGAUGAACUGGGUCUCCUUGUCAUCCAGGAUAUGCCGUCCCUGAGGCCAUUGGAAUCGAUCUUGCCCAACGCGGAGCAGCAGAAGGAAUUCCAACGCCAGCUGGAACUUCUGGUGACCCAGUUCAAGAGCUUCCCCAGCAUCAUCACCUGGAUCAUCUACAACGAGGGCUGGGGCCAACUUAUCGAUGGAUACCCCGAGUUCGCCUUGACCGAUCGUGUGAAGCAGCUGGACCCGAACCGCCUUGUCGAUGCGACAUCCGGCUGGGUCGAUCACGGCGCUGGAGACUUCAGCGACAACCACCACUACGCCAACCCGCAAUGCGGAAGCCCCUUUUACUCUCUCUCUUCCAGCCCGUUUGACCCGACCCGGAUCGGGAUUCAGGGCGAGUUCGGCGGCAUUGGGCACAACGUCUCGAUUGAACAAAGCAGCCUGUGGAACGACCAAACCGCCAUCAACGGAAUCAACCAGACAUACGAAAUCGACGACACACUCGAGAUCUGGAACUACCGCAGCCACAUCCUCCUCUCCGAACUGGAGGACCAGACGCGUCGGUUCUCCUGCAGCGGCGGCGUCUGGACGCAGACGACCGAUGUCGAAGGCGAGGUCAACGGCCUCAUGACCUAUGACCGCCGCGUGAAGAGACUGCUUUGGUUGAGUGGUGACAACGUUCCUGAUGUAUUUGAGCAGUUACCCGGUCACAACUACAAGUCUCGCAAGCCCACGCUCUCACUCGCCCGAAAAUGUGAAUGA